GAUGAAUGUACCUAAGGAGGUUCCAACCCCUGGCGCGUCAAUGAAGCCGCCAGAACCAUUCGCUGCAACCCCGCAUCGUCUCCGUUUGAGUGUGUGUGAGACUGUGAGUGCAGAUGCGGCGUGUGUGAGGUGUUUAUUCCCAAAGACGACAUUGAUGUCCGUCGAGACUGGAAGCAUCCACCAACUCCACCAGUCGCCUACUAGACACUAAGAGACUAAGAGAGGCAUCUGCAACACAUCCACACAGCCUGCCAUGCCCUGCCCAACCCACUCAUCCACUCCUGCACAAUAAUGAAGUGGGGAAACUAAGUCCGUACUACCCUUUCCCUUCCCUUUACCCCUUCUUGCGUACCGAUUUGAGGAAAGCGAAGGCGAAGGGAGGGAGACACCUCGAUGGAUAGAUGGAUACUUGCGGUACCUAACCACACCCCGUACCCGGCAUUCUUGCCAAUAUAAAAAGCUACCCCUCAUGCUGUCGUGAUCUUUUUGUUUCUCCAUCCGACAUCUUCCUCUUUUGUGCAAAAGUUCCAAUCCUCCAACUCUUCUUCAUUCUAUUUUCGGAUACGUCACCUUGUGCGGUUGACAUAUAAACCUAUCCAAAC